GGGGUGGGGGAGGGGGAGGACGGCGACCGCGACCGGAAGUCCUGAAGCUAACUUUUCCUUGCGCGUCUCUUGCACGGCUGGGGAGGGGGACUUGUUCCUCUCAUUUUCAAUGGAGAGUAACUGUACAGAUAAAUAAUGAGGACCAGCCCUCGCAGGCCCUUAAUUCUCAAAAGAAGGAAACUGACCCUUCUACAGAAGGAGGUAUCCAGUACUUCAGGUAGAGAUGAGAACAGUGGUCACGAUGAAAAGACACCUAAGCAGGAGCACAGUCAGGAGGACCUAAAGGACAGCCAAUGCAGAGACAAAAUAGACUGUGGCCUGCAGAAAUUUCCAGCGGGAAUAAAGAUAAUGAACCAUCCUACCAUGCCCAACACGCAAGUGGUGGCUAUCCCUACAAAUGCGGAUAUCCAGAGCAUCAUAGAGGCCCUGACAGUAAAAGGAAAAGAAUGUGGCAACAAUGGGCCCAAUAAGUUCAUUCUCAUUAGCAGUGGGGGAACUUCUUGUUCAGCAGGUUUGAUACUUUCACAGCACCUUCCCUCAGUGGAGAAACCUGGCGCAGUGGCUAGGUCUUCAAAUAGUCAAGUAAGAGAGAAGAGUAUUUCACAGACACCCGAUCUUGCAGGAGGAUCAAUGGUCUGGCAUUCAGGAAUUGAUUCUGCAUUUGCACAGAAACAGGAGAACAGCAGUGGUGAGACAAUGAGCUCUGUGCUGGAUAAUAGUCUCACUAACAUCCAGUGGCUGGGGAAGAUGAAAACUGAUGGACUAACUCCCUGUUCUGUGAAGCAAGGCAUGGAGAAAGAGAACCAGAUGCCUCUGCAAGAAAGAAUCAAGACUGAAGAUUCUGCUGCUGUUACCAUUCCCUCCUCUUCUUCCUCAUGGCAGGAUUCAAUAUCAGAACGACCUCCAUACUCCUACAUGGCCAUGAUCCAGUUUGCCAUCAACAGCACUGAGAGGAAGCGUAUGACUCUGAAAGACAUCUAUACUUGGAUUGAGGAUCAUUUCCCAUAUUUUAAGCAUGUGGCUAAGCCAGGUUGGAAGAACUCUAUUCGGCAUAACCUGUCCCUCCAUGAUAUGUUUGUCCGUGAGACAUCUGCUAAUGGUAAAAUCUCAUUCUGGACUAUUCACCCUGAUGCCAACCGUUGCCUAACAUUGGACCAAGUGUUUAAGAUGAUCUCUGUAUUUGGAGGAAAAAAGAAAAGGGUGCUGUGGCUUUUGCUGCUGGAGCUUCUUUGGGAUGCAUUCAUUCUUCAGCCGCUGGACUUGGGGUCAACAUCGUCUGAGCACUCUGAAUCAGAGCAAAAGCAACAUGUUCCAGAUCCCCAGAAGAACACGGGAAGCAACAGUAGCAGCAAAACUGAACCCCAGAAUGCACGACGAAAGAUGAAGCCUUUGCUUCCUCGCAUCAACUCCUACCUUGUUCCGAUCCAGUUUCCAAUGAGUCAGCCUCUUGUCUUGCAACCUUCUUUGAAGGUUCCUCUAUCUGCGGUACAGGGAGCAUCCCACAACAGUUCAGAGACCUUCCGGAGCAAUAAACGUGUGCGCAUUGCUCCAAAGAUGUCGCUCUCUGUUGAAGAGUCAUCCUCUUUACCCAUGGCUGCGGCCAAGGGGGAGAGCCAAUUUGAUGAAGGAUUUUUUUCCCCAACACAUUCUCUGAAGGAGAACAACUGUCAGCUUGAUGAGGAAUCAUCAUCUCUCCCUGAGGCACUCUGUAUUAAGGAAGAGGAAAGCUCACAGUUGGGGAACUGGCUGUCCCCCUUUGCUUCAACCAUAACUGUAAAGGAAGAGCCAGACUUGUUUGUCCCA